AUGGCAGCAGGUUCGAUUGAAAAUGAAGGACCCGAUAUGGGUGUCGGUGAUUUUGUCCUACUGUCCGAAAUCACCAUGGAUGCGUUUGUUCGAAAUCUUAGAAUACGAUUUGAAAAGGGACGAAUCUAUACAUACAUUGGCGAAGUCUUGGUUAGUGUCAAUCCGUAUCGGGAUUUACCUAUUUAUGGACCUGACUAUAUUAAAAGUUACAAAGGACGUGAAAUGUUCGAACGGCCUGCACAUAUAUUUGCGCUUGCCGAAGCGGCAUAUCGAACUUUGAAACAACGCUCUUUGAAUAGCUGUAUUGUUAUAUCAGGUGAAUCAGGAUCUGGUAAGACUGAAGCUUCGAAAAUCAUUCUUCGUUAUAUCGCUGCUGUAACAAACGCGUCAAAUCAAGCGGAAAUUCAACGAAUUAGUAAUAUUCUCAUUCAAACCAAUGUGAUUCUCGAAGCAUUCGGUAACAGUCGAACGAAUCGAAAUGAUAAUAGUAGUCGAUUUGGUAAAUAUAUGGAUUUACAUUUCGACUAUAAAUUCGAUCCGAUCGGCGGUAAAAUUCAACAUUAUCUGCUGGAAAAAUCUCGUGUUGUCAAACAACAACCAGGUGAAAGGAAUUUUCAUUCCUUCUACCAUUUAUUGUACGGAGAGAAUGACUUACAAGAGUAUGGAUUGAACCUUCGAGCUGAAGACUACCAUUAUAUCAAUCAGGGGAAUUGCUGUCGAGUGGCGAAAAUUGAUGAUAAACGUGAUUAUCAACAAUUGAAACAAGCGUUCAAAAUCGUUGGUUUUACUCCGGAUGAAAUCUCAACCAUAUGGAAGAUAGUCGCAGUUAUCCUUCAUCUAGGUAACUUGAAAUUUACAGAUGUUGACGGUGAACAUUGUUCAAUAACACGUUCGAAUGAUAAGAAUGAUCAACUAACAUGGAUAUCGAAACUAUUAUCCUGUGAAGAAGAAAAUAUUUCGUCCACCUUAACAUCGCGUGUCGUUGCUGCACGAAAUGAAGUUAUUCAAGCUCGACAAAAUAUCACCCGCGCUCACUACGGACGAGAUGCGCUGAGUAAAGCUUUAUAUGAGCGUCUAUUCGAGUGGUUGAUUAAAUAUAUCAAUAAGACUUUAUCAAAAGGAACGAAUGAUGCAAGUCAAAGUUCACUCGUUAUCGGUGUAUUGGAUAUAUAUGGUUUUGAAAUUUUCCAGAAUAAUAGUUUUGAACAAUUGUGUAUCAAUUAUUGUAAUGAAAAAUUGCAACAACUGUUUAUUGAACUGGUACUUAAGCAAGAACAGGAAGAGUACGAACGAGAAAAUAUCACUUGGCAACAUGUCGAUUAUUUCAAUAAUAAAGUCAUCUGCGAUCUGAUCGAGCAAUCACGAACAGGUAUUUUAGCAUACCUUGACGAAGCAUGUCAAACCGUUGGAACAGUAACCGACGAAAUGUUUCUUGACUCUAUCAAUAAAGCAUUGAAAACUCAUAAGCAUUAUUCAAGCUGGGCACUUGCUCCUGGAGAUAAACUGUGGAAAAAUGUCAAUAACAACAAAUCUUUUCUCAUUCGACACUAUGCAGGAGAUGUUAUUUAUUCUGUUGAUGGAUUUCUCGAUAAAAACCGUGACACUCUAUUUGAUGAUUUCAAACGUUUGUUGUAUUACAGUCGUAAUCCAAUUAUUUCAUCCAUGUGGCCCGAAGGUGAAAAGAGCAUUACUUCAGUAACACGGCGACCAUUAACUGCGGGAACUCUUUUUCGUAAUUCAAUGAUCAGUUUAUCGAAUCUCCUUUCCUCUAAACAACCUUUCUAUGUACGUUGUAUAAAACCAAACGACGAGAAAUCUCCGACUUUAUUUGAUCAAACGCGUGUUGAACAUCAGAUUGCCUACUUGGGUCUAUUAGAGAACGUUCGUGUCCGUCGAGCAGGCUUCUGUCAUCGAGCACCAUACGAUCGAUUUGUUCAACGGUAUAAAAUCAUCGAUUGUAUUCGUUCGCGGCUAUAUCCUCGUGGAGCACCUACCCGAGAAAAUGCUGCAUAUAUUUGUCAAGAACUUCAUUUGAAUAAUGAUGUCGCGUAUGGAACUACAAAAUUAUUUAUUAAACAACCAAUAUCGUUAUUUCAAUUGGAAAAGAAACGAACUGAGGGUUUACAAUUUAUCGUCACGAUUCUUCAAAAAUAUACGCGUUCGUGGCAUCAAUACCGUCUCUUUCGUCGCGAAAUCUCAGCAAUCAAAAUACAGAAUGUCUAUCGAAAAUAUCGUGCGCGAAGUUAUAUUAGCAAACUCAAUGAAUUAUUUCGAAAUGUUGCAAGUACAGAUGAUCUUGGCAAAAAUAUCAGAUGGCCAGCACCCAAACCAGGUUUUGUUCCUAUGAACAAUCUCCUCAAGCAAAUGUAUCAACGAUGGCGUGCUUUUAAAGUUAUACAACGAAUACCAGCCGAUCAACGAGCAACAUUUGAAUUGAAAUUACUCGCUGGAGAUUAUCUAAAAGAGCGACCUUCUUUUCUUGAAUCCAGCAUUCGUCAAGAAUGGAAAGGAGACUACUUACUGCUUCCUGAGGAGAACGCACAUUCAAUUGAAUAUCGUAAAUCAAUCAGUGAACUACGUGGUAAAGAUGGUUUUAAUCACGUAUUAUUUUCUACGUUGGCAAUAAAGUUAAACAGUCGCAUCAAAAUGGAUGAACGUGCGAUUGUUCUGACGGACAAAUAUCUCUACAAGUUAGAUCCACGCAAGAAUUUUCAUGUGAAAAAGACGGGUAUAUCAAUCAAUGAUAUUACUGGUUUAAGUGUUACAUCAGUCUUUUACAUGCAUACAAAACUCGAUCGUGUGGGUGAAUUUGUUGGUCUUAUUGCUAAACUCAAACGCAAAUCAUCGAAUUUUACGGUGGACGUUCAACGAUAUGUCUCUGCACAAAUUGAUAAGCACAACCACAUCAUCAAUAUUAUUUCAGGCGGUGUCGAUAAAGUGGAGUUUCGUAAAGGAUCAAAUAAAAACAUCUCAUUAUUGUUACCAAAUAGUGACUAA